UUCGACGUACCCUUACUCACUCCCUCUCACUACACACCUUCAACUGCUUCUUCCUCCGAAAAUCACCUAUACUCUUCCGCCUUUCUCCUCUCCCAUAACUUGAGAAUGACGCAGUGACUUGAUGCCAUGCGCCUUCCCGACCACUGCAACCACCUGUCCUAUGCAGCUCCCCCUCGACCAACUCCACCGGGCUUCCUAUGGCCAUGCACCCCACCAAUGGAUCCCCUUCCUCCAAGACGAGCUCGACUCCAGUAACCUCGACAUUACGGCCACGCACCCGCCGCUUAAUAUCCAUUGAGGACGAAUAUAAUCAACCCUCUGAUAAUGAUCAUGGCACCUCUUCCUACGAACCCCGAGCUGGGUCGCCAGCUGUGAACAACCGCGCCUCACGAUCUUUCAUGACCACGACUCCCACCGCAUUUGUCCGUUCCGCGAGUGCGCAGGCUUCAAAAGCCAGCCGAGAUACUUCGAAUACUCUGUCCGGAUUUUGGGGAACAUCUCUGUCGGCUAUCCAAGGUUUGACCGCCAAUGUGCUGGGCAACGAUCCGGCCUCCGCGGAUGCUUCCGCAGGGUCGAAGGCGUACUCCAAAAGCCGCGGGUCUACCAGCGCUGCACCCCCGAAGAAAUGGGGACCAUCGUCCUCAAGUUCGCACGUAGGUGCGGGCACCCAAGACGAGAGAGAGCGUCUGGUGCGAGCAAUGAAACGCAAGGACCUGCUCACCGCAAAUGAACAUAUAUUGCCAGAUUCAGUUGGUCGCAUCAAACGCAGGAACUCUGAUGAGCGCAUCAGCGUGUCUGCACCUCCUGGAGAAGGUGAGGACCGCGAUGCCUUAGUAUAUAUACACCACGUACGGCCACAGGAUACACUAGCCGGACUUUCCAUAAAAUACAAUUGCGAACAGGCCGUCUUGAGGAAAGCAAAUCGAAUGUGGCCGAAUGAUAGUAUACAAAUAAAGAGAACGAUAAUGCUUCCAGUCGAUGCAUGCGGUGUAAAGGGCCGACCUGUGGAUGGGCCAAAUUCGCUUCAAGAAGACCUCCUUCUGGACGACUACUCCGGAAGCUCACGCACCAAUGAACAGAAACAAGCAAACAGUACCAUAAAUGGGGAGUCUCAAAAUUCGUAUCACCAUCGCCGGGCAGCGUCCUCGGUAUCCAAUGCGGACUCAGAAUCGCCAUGGAAAACCGAAUCGUGGGUUCUUUUGCCCAACGAUACGUCACCUACAGAAAUUGGACGCAUAUCACGCAGAGCACUUGGUUUUUUUCCACCAGCUCGCCGGAAAUCAAUCGCUUUCUCGGAUGCUACACCAACUGCUUCGUUGGAUUUGCCUAGAUCCUCUACUUCUACGAACCCAGUUGGCUCACCAAGUCAAUCGAAGGGCCGCGCAUCUAGUCGCACGGCCUCUGUCUCUCGCCCGGGGGGACGUCAACGAAGUAAUUCUCAAUUCUCGCUCCAUGGGCCCGGAGGGGUUGGUACCAUGGGCCGGAACGUCCGCAGCCCUGGGCCGGCUCAAGAUGGGCUGAACAAACUUUUUGCAUCACAUUUGCCAAACGUUGCUCCUCCGCCAGGGCAGGAAUAUUUUACUCCUUGGGCACCAUCUCUUCUCGAAGCUGAUUCCGGCACGUCCAACCAGUACGGCGGUGGAUCGGGUGCUCGAACACCGUUGGGUGGCCCAGGUAUUGACCUUCAAGAGAUUGGUGGUGCCAUAGAAGGAUGGGUUAGAAAAGUAGGAACCCAGGCUAGCAAGCUCUUGAACGAACCUGGUACCCCUGGGCAGGGUAAGAGAUCCGCUGUUCCUGUUAUUGGAGCCGUAGGUGGUGAUUUGGGUGAUCUUAUUGAGCUGAGGGACGAUGCGUUUGAUAGUGGGGACGGAGAACGGGGCAGAUCCAUUCGUCAGGAAACAUUACCCUCCACGAUGGACCAAUACCAAAGUGCUCGACCAGAUAUCAACCUGGUGAUGCGAGACAGAACCCGAAAGAGCAACAGUAGCAAGAAAGACUAGGGGUCAGGGAUCUAUAGACGUAAAAUAUUGGGGUUUAUUAAGUCGGCGUCAAGGGUAUGCGCAUGCGGCGCGAGUAGCAACAUAUUCGUGGCCGUUUAUUUGAAAGCGUUUGUUGGCGUUGGAGAGACAUCGUGAGCAGUGCGAUGUCAACUUUGUCGAUUGUUAUAUACCUACAGAAUGCAUAUACCAACAGCCAAUAUUAUGUUUGAAGUGACUGG